CGUUUUGCGUGUGCAACGAAUGAGCGGCUGUGCUCAGCGUCUAACGCGUUUAAACAAUAUCGAAUAAUUUGACGAAGAGAUAAUCAAUCAGACUGAAUUUGUAAUAAAACACAGAACGUGAUUUUUCCACGUGCACGUUGUGUAUAUUGGAGGAAUAUCGUUUAGACGCUUCCUGUGUGAUUAGCAGAUUUCGAGGCUCGCGCGUAGGUCGAUGCCCGAAAAUCGUCGGCCAAUCGACGCACGGCUCUCUCGUCGGGAACCAGUCAAGCACGUUGACAGAUAUGCAACGGCUGGUCGCAGGAGCUUGCAUAUUUCGAAUGGCAUUUUAUUGUGUGGAUAGCAACGUACCGCGUGCUAGUUCAGUCUAUUGGAUUAGACGAAAUUCUCGAGACGAUAGACCAGUUUUCGAAGAAAUGCGCGAUUUCGGUGCAAGUGCAACCCAUUUUGCGCAGUUUCCAUGACCCAGAUUACGAUGGGGAGUUCGCUCGCCUUUCGGAACAGCUGUUGGCCGCGCGAAGAUGUCGGCCGCGGGGAAACGCUUGGAUAUUUCGUGGACUGCGCGCGCCUCUUGGCGGCUUCGCCGCCACAAUUUUCAGGGCUGUAUCUACUCACAACAGAUUAGGCACCUAGCGAUUCUUCAAUUUCAUCGGGACGCGACACAACUUUUCUCUCAAUAAGCAUCUUUUUCGAAACUUUCCUGCGUAAUUUUCUCGUGACAGGUGAAUCCUGGCGUAAUGAAAGAAUUUAAUAACCGGAAACCAAAGAAAUGAAUUAUUACGAAAAGCAUGUUAAAAAUGUAAUGUGUACGAAAUUUUGUGUAUAUCAUCCUAUCUGGCUGCUAUGUUUUUUUUUAUGUAGUAUAUUAUCCGCAUAAAAUACUUCGUGUUGUUAUUCUAGUUUAUAAAAAGUUACGAGAAUUCCGUCGAUUUUGUGCUAAAUCGUCAUACACGGUGUAAUUAAAAUUCCAUAUGCUUUAAAAAUCAGAAUAGUAUUCGAACAAACGGAAGUUUGAAUGUGCGAAGUUUCUAUCGCUGUUAACGUUUCGGUAAUUUAUUAAUGUGACUUACAAGAAGUUGAUAUCGUGAAGUGCUCGAAUGAAACUUUGGCGGUAUGUUGUUCGAGAGUAUUCGUGUACUCUCUUUUCCAGUGUAUUUAUAUCUAUAGAUAUUAGCUGUUUUGUAAGAAACACGUUGUAUCUUAAAUAUUAAUAUAUUACGCGUAACUCACUCCAAUUAUUGUGAGAGUAUUGUCAUAAAAAUAACAUCGAUAAUGUAAACCGAUAUAAAAGCUCGAAACAAGAACUGAAAUUGGAAGUUAUUUGGAUUGGCCGAAAUUCUAUGAAACUUAAACUAUCAAUAAACAACUAGAAAGUGUAGUUGAAACGAUAACCGUAGGAAAAUACGAUUUCAAGAAAUUGUACGAUUAGUAAUUGUCAUUGUUAAUUACGACUGAGAAAGACUAUUAUUUCGUAGCGAUUACAUUCCAUGUGAUUCUAUACCGAUAUGUUAAAGUAAAUUGCAAGUGCGUGGCAAUAUCUUUGUCGUGGAAAACAGUGGAGAAAAGUAGUCGAAGAAUAAUCGAUGCACAAUUAAUGAAAGUUGGAAGAGAAGUCUCGCAAGGCCUGCGACACACGUAUGCUUUGCAGGAGGUACCCGAGUGGUUGGUAACAGAGACGCUUAGUGGAUGAAUACGGUCCUGCGCGAUCCCCUCCACCUUCCUCAUCCCGCUAUACGACCAGUCAGUUCCUUGUUUGCCAUACAAAAUCCAAUAGUUUGCCUUGUACCUCGAGAGAGUGCGAGUAUGUCUUUUGCAUUUGGGUAUUUUUUUAAAAAGUGCGGUAAUUCGUCCGUGUACUCGCGAAAAUGUGCAUUUUACUGAGUUUCUUCACACAUACGACAAGAUUUCGAUGGUUCUGAGAGGGAGAUCCGAGAAAGCAUAGUGAAUUCCUGUCUGAGAGACCAGACCGACCGGCCCGUUCAGGCUUCGUCGAUUUUUUGGUCGUGAAAAAACAACGGGGCCGAAGCUUUUGUGCGGAAAGUCAGUUUCGACGGCUGGAAAAAGGACCGAUAUAUCGACAAGAAAAUCCAGUGUACUGAAAAGUGCUUAUACCCGACACUCGAGGUGACUCCUUUGUAAAAGGAGCACCGCAGGACGAAUAUUUUUCCACUGGAGCUCUCGGGAAAAUGUGUUAUGUAUUUACGUGGAAUAUUGCGUAACGUCGAGGGCCGGGAAGUGUUUGGAAACGUGCAACACUGACAAACCUCGCUUCGACGACUUCGCAGCACGGGCUGUACGCGUCCGUGCAGCUGGCUUUACCGGCUCUAUUUCGUCUCCUCUGUGUCCCAGCGAAAUUCCCCGACCGAGGCUCGAUAUCGCGGAUCGAAAUUCUGUCCAACGAAGAAACUCCACCGACGCUCGUCUCUCCUCGUGGAAGUGCACAAACUUUCCUACCGAUCAAAACUUCGUUUCAAUCAACGACCACUUGCUUCACUGGAUAACUUCUCUCGAAAUUCAUUUUGGUGCAAGGACGUUCAACUUCUUUUCAAAUGGAAAUUGCAUUUCCAAUGUGAUCUGCGAUGAAACGUGUUCGCGGGCUGGACGAGGUAGCAUCACCAGCAGCAGCAACAUUAAAGCACUCGUCAGUGAGUGCAGGAAGUGGCGGAGGAGGUAGUUUGGAGUACCAUUCAAGCAGUGGAAUAGGCGUUGUUGUACCUGGCCAAGCAGUUCGAUCAGUUGCUUCGAAAGAAAUGCCGGGCAGCAUACAAUUUGGAACUGCCCAAGCUCAACAGCAAUAUACUGGAGCAAUUGUAGUGCCGACCGCGGCCCCGUCCCCCAUUAAGGGAAGUGGAUCUGCAGGACUCACUUCUACAUGUAGCAGUAGCAGUGUAAAUACUGGUGGAGGUUUACACGGUGGAAUAGGUGGUGGGAGUAACCAUAGUAUGGGUUCCCAACAGCCUACACCAGGAACACAAAGUCAGGUUCAUAGUCAACAGCAACCAACAAUAAGGCAUAAGGUUCAUUCUGGCAAUGUAACACCAUUAGCUUCUACUCCACCAGGCACAAGCCUAGGUGGCGGCAGUGGUUCCCAACAAUUUCAGAGAUUGAAAGUAGAAGAUGCGUUAUCUUAUUUAGAUCAAGUAAAGUACAAAUUCAGUGAUCAGCCUCAGGUGUAUAAUGAUUUCUUGGAUAUUAUGAAAGAAUUUAAGUCUCAAAGCAUAGAUACACCAGGAGUAAUAACAAGAGUAAGCCAUUUAUUUAAAGGGCACCCUGAACUUAUUGUUGGUUUCAAUACCUUUCUUCCACCUGGGUAUAAAAUAGAGGUGCAAGCAAAUGAGCAAGGAUACGCAUUUCAAGUGUCAGUUAGUAUGCCAAGUCCAACAGCAACACACACUUGCGCUAGCUUAUCACAGCAUCAUUGCACUGUGAAUGUUGGUUCACCUCCUGUUGCAAGUCCACCAACACAACCAGCGAAAGCUCCUCCAGUAUUGCAGAUAAUGCAAGGGGGCACAAACAUGCACCACUCUCUGGCAAAUAAUAUUUCGAAUAAUAGCUUGACAGUACAUGCACCUUCGCCACCACCGGUACAGGCAUACAAUAAUUCACAUGUUAGUGCAGCUCAAGCGCAGGCUGUGAGUCAAGCAUUAAGUCAAGCACAAGAUGGUAUACCCACCAGUGGACAAACUCAACAAAGCCAACCAGUUGAGUUUAAUCAUGCGAUUAAUUACGUUAACAAAAUUAAGAAUCGAUUCCAAGGUCAACCAGACAAGUAUAAAAGAUUUUUAGAAAUUCUGCAUACUUAUCAGAAAGAGCAGCGAAAUUUAAAAGAAUCUGGACACAUGGGUGGUACAAGUGGAUCUGGUGCAUCUGGUGGGGCAAAACAUUUAACGGAAGCAGAAGUUUAUAGCCAGGUUGCCAAGUUAUUUGAAAAUCAAGAAGAUUUGCUGGCUGAGUUUGGACAAUUUUUGCCAGAUGCUACUAAUCAACAGAGUUCGUUGAGUAACAAGACUGCUACAGUUAACGAUCACACAACAAUUGUCAAGAAACCAUUGGGACCUAAAGCACCUUAUAAUAAUUCGGGAAAUAUUUCAAGAGACCUUCGUGAAUCGGGUGGUACUGGUACAAUAGAACGCGAAAAUCGCGAUCAUAGAGAUCGUGACCGAGAGCGAGAUAGAUCUGGUAUACGAGAUAUUAAUAGCGUACAAAAAUUUGGUCACAAUACGGGACAAUUGAAAAGAAGUCCAUCGUUUUCACCUUCGGUAACAGCCGGAAACUCUCACCAUAUACAGCAUGGUCCACCUUUGAAAAAGCCUAAAGUAUCGUCUAUGCGUGAAUGUGUUACUAUAGCUGAAGCUGGAAAAUAUGGCAGUCUCAAUGAUUAUGCUUUCUUCGAUAAGGUUCGUAAAGCAUUGAGAUCGCAAGAAGUAUACGAAAAUUUCCUUAGAUGCUUGGUUUUGUUUAAUCAAGAGAUAGUUUCUAAAUCUGAGUUGGUGCAGUUAGUGACGCCAUUUCUUGGUCGUUUUCCUGAACUAUUGCGGUGGUUUAAAGAUUUCCUGGGCCACUUGCCCGAGUCUUCUAGUACCAACACAACAAAUGCAAGUAGCAAUUUAAAUGUUGAAGCGCUACCAAAUAAUGUUGUACGAAGUCAUCAAGAGAGACCACAAGGUGAUCUGGCGAUGGAAAUUGACUACACGGCAUGUAAGCGUCUAGGGGCAUCAUACUGUGCGUUACCAAAGUCUUACGUUCAACCAAAGUGUACAGGAAGAACGCAACUGUGUAAAGAAGUUCUCAAUGAUACAUGGGUUUCAUUCCCGACUUGGUCUGAAGAUAGUACAUUCGUAACAUCCAGGAAAACUCAGUACGAGGAAUUCAUUUAUCGUUGCGAAGAUGAACGAUUUGAGUUGGAUGGUGUAAUAGAAACUAAUGCGUCAACGAUCAGAGUUCUCGAGGGUGUCCAUAAGAAAAUGAGUAGAAUGAGCCAAGAAGAACUUCAAAAAUUCAAGCUCGACGAUUGUCUCGGUGGUUGUUCGCCUACAAUUCAUCAGAGAGCCUUGAAGAGGAUAUACGGCGAUAAGGCGGCUGACAUUAUAGAUGGUCUUAAGAAAAAUCCUGUAGUAGCUGUACCAGUAGUCCUUCGUCGAUUAAAGAGUAAGGAAGAAGAAUGGCGGGAAGCACAAAAAGGUUUCAAUAAACUCUGGAGAGAACAAAACGAAAAAUACUACUUGAAGUCCCUGGAUCAUCAAGGUAUCAAUUUCAAGCAGAACGAUGUUAAGGCCCUAAGGUCCAAGAGCCUAUUUAAUGAAAUUGAAACGUUAUAUGAUGAGAGACACGAGCAGGUAGACGAUGGUAGCGGGGAUGGUCAAAAUAAUAGCGGUCCACACCUUGUAUUACCUUACAAAGAUAAGUCUGUCCUAGAUGAUGCAGCUAAUCUUCUUAUCCAUCAUGUAAAGCGUCAAACGGCCAUCCACAAGGAAGACAAGCAACGAAUAAAGCUUUUGUUGAAGCAUUUUAUACCUGAUCUUUUCUUCCAUCCACGCCAGGAACUAAGUGACGACGAAAGGGAUGAAGACGAUGAGAAGGAAGAUCUCAAUGUAGCAGCAUGUAGUAAUUCUCAGUCGGUAACGAUGAAUACCUCUCCGUUGGGUGGUGGUGGCCUCCAAGCAAAUAGGAAUAAGGCGCCGGUAUCUCCGAUUCCGUCUUCCACGUCUAUUAAAGUCGAACCUGAUAUCAAAGUACCGAUCCAUGCGAUGUCGGAUGAUCCUGAAGAAGCGUACACGCUCUUCAUGGGCAGCAACAAUUGGUACCUUUUUUUAAGGUUACAUCAUAUAUUAUGUGAAAGAUUAACAAAAAUGUACGACCGGGCUCUGGCUCUUGCUGAAGAGGAAUCACGGUACAAACAGCAGCGUAAAGAGAGCACAGCUGUCGCGUUACGGUUAAAACCUAAAAAUGAAAUUGAAAUUGAAGAUUACUAUCCAGCAUUUUUGGAUAUGGUUAAGAAUGUUCUAGACGGUAAUAUGGAAAGUACUGCAUAUGAGGAUACCUUACGAGAAAUGUUUGGUAUUCACGCAUAUAUCGCUUUUACGUUAGAUAAGGUUGUAACAUACGCUGUGAGACAAUUGCAGCAUUUGGUCUCAGAUCUUAUAUGCCAGCAGUGUAUGGAAUUAUUUCAGCGAGAACAACGACAACCAAAAGAAAGUAGUGGUGCAGGUGGUUUAUGUGCUACAGCGUACAUGAGACUCGGUGCAGAAAUGUCGUAUCAGCGUAAAGCUGAAAAGGCUAUGGCGGACGAAAAUUGUUUUAAAAUAUACAUUUAUAAGAAAGACUGUAAAAUGACAAUGGAAUUGUUGGAUACGGAAGGUGAUGAAGCGAUGGACAACAGUUGUAGGGAAAGAGAAAGGGAAGGAGUUACGGUAUCUGAAAAGUGGUCUACAUAUGUUGAGAGGUUUUCUGCUCCAGCUGGUCAGACUAGCCCGAAAGACACCCCUACCUUAACAGACAAUGAGCCAACAACCAAUCAUCCUGUGAGUAACGACCAGGCAGCAAGGGGGGGGAGGGGCAGAAAGCGCAAGAACACUGACAUUAGCAAGAAGAUGGAUGGAAAUGGUUGGAGUUCUUUAGGCAGAAUCUUGGCAGGACGUAAGCCUGUAUUUCUUUACCGUAAUAUUAGACAGUGGAGGAAAAAAGCUGCAAGAAUGAUGUCAGCAUCAGUGCCUAGCACCAAUCAACCAGAUAAAGCAGCAGGAUCAACUGACAAAGAAAAAUCACUGGAUUCUGUGGAUGCGAUCCUAAAGCGACCUCCUGGUUUAAGAUUAGCAGAUUCUGGGGAUACAUCUGACAUUAUCAAUUCCGAUGAAACCCAGUGUAGAUUUAAUCCUAAUAGUUACCAAAUGCUUUAUAUUGCUAGUAAGGAAGCAUUCCUGUAUAAACAAAAUUCUUUCAGUCGUGCCAGGGAGUGUCAUCCAUCUGUUACAAAGCACUUGAAUUCAAAGUUCCAUCAAUGGCUAUCGGGUUGGGUAUCCAAGAAUGUCGCGGAUGUUCAACACCGAUUAUGUCAGGAUUGGUUGAUGGGACGUUAUGAAAAUUUAAUUCCUCAUAAAACACGAGUGAUCACGGACAAUGAUCAAACGAGAACGCCUUAUCGACAAUACAAUCGUUAUCGAGUGGAACGCUUGCAACCCGAUUCUCUGACAGAACCAAGUGUAUAAUCAUACGUCUGUUAUCAUUUCUUUACUAUUCUCUGAGAGCAUAUUGAUAAUACUGAGACUCGUUUCGAUAGUCUCAUAUUCAUAUUUUCUGUUACAAAAAGAAAAUAAUACUUAAGAGAGGGUUACAUCGAAGGCAAAAUCGAGACUGAUUCUUGAACUAUAUCGCGCGUAUGUACAACGAGAGAACGUCUUAUUUUGCCAACGAAGUUUAUCGCGAACGAAGAAGAUGUAGAAGUGGUCGUUAAGAAAAGAAAGUAUUGAAGAUUACAAAUGAAUCGUCUAUACAUUGUGUACUAAACUUAUUGCAUACAAUUUUUAACUAAAUUUGAUUCUUUAACUGUACAGGUAUGGAAAAUUUGAUACAAAUUGAAAUAUCGCUGACUUGUUGAAGUUGUUGUUUGUCUAAGGGUUUAGUGUUGAACGUUUCUUCAACAUAAAGUACUAAAUUAACUAUUGAACCAAAUGUUAAAAAAGAUGAUCAGUUAUAAUGAGCGAUAUUUCUAAUUGUAUUGAAGUUAAGCUUGUGAUCAGGUAAUAUAAGAUAUUUAAACAUAUUGUUUCAUUUCUGAAAAUCGAGUACUUUUCGAUAAAACUAGAUAUAGAUUUUCCAGGUAAGAUUUUACAUAAGAGAGUAAAAUAAUGGUAAAACUUUUGAUACUUUAUGUAAUAUCUUAAAUAUUUAGGAAGACUAUGAUAAUAUAAUUGUUGUUUAUAAGCAUAUUGCAGAUUCAGCCAAUUUUAUUUUAUUAAGUAUUUUAUUUUUAUAGACUUACACAAUUGUCAUUGAAACAUUGAACAUCGUUAGUGAUUAAAAGAAGCUAUUAAAAUUUCGAUUCGUAGUAUGUUAUAUUAUUUAAUUCACGACUGUCUAUUUAUAACUGGAACGUAACGAAAGAUUGGGUUAUAAGAAAGCUGUAUACUUUUUUUUGAAUAAUAACUUUAUAUACAUGUAUGUAAAAUAUCUUUCAUUCGAAGUUUUUAAUAACUUACUUCUCUUAUUUUUCUUACGAAUGUCGCGAUCGAAGUUUCCGUUCUCUUGAAUACGGUAUACAUAAAACUGUACGUAUAAAUACAUGCUUGUACAGAUGUAUGUGCAUGUAUGUAUGGAUAUGCGAUAAUUGAGUGCAUAUAUAUGUACAUACAUGCAUAUGUAUGUAUAUAUAUGUAUAUAUACAUAUGAAACGAAAAAGUACUAGGCCUUAUUUUUUACCUGAUCUUUAGGCUAUUCGAUAGAAAAUGUAUAAUAUUAAAGUAUGAUGGUGUUCCUGUACAGUGCAAAGCUGUUGACAACAUUAGAAUACGGCGUUUAUCGAAAGACAUUGAGAGGUAUUGACUCACCACGCACGAGAUACAUAUAUGGCUAUAGUUAUUAUUUUACGUUAUUCUUAAGUAUGUAUCUUUUUUAUUAAUUCUUUUACUUGUAUAUUGAUAUACGAGACACACACGUAUUGAACUUGUUGAAAAUUUACAAAUCAUCUUUUAUAUUGUCGAUAUCAAUCACGGCGUUAAAUUUUCAAUGUUUUAAACUUUCACAAGAAAGGAAGGAAGGAUAAUACAAAAUUGAAUGAAGAAAAUCGUGCGCGGUGAAAGAAAAGAAGCACAUAAUACCUUUGCAAGGUUCAGACUGUUUAUAAUAAUUGAAAAAGGCGAAUUGGUUUCGUUCCAAUCAUUCAAACAAAAAAAUGACGUUUAAAAUAUGACAGAUAAUAAUGUGUGCAUAAAUUUUGGAUUGAAUACAUUUUUAUCUUAAUUAUACAGAUUUAGUUGAAAUCUUAGCGUCUCUGUUUUUCUGGAUAAUUUUGGAAAAAUACCAUUUUACAUAGAUUUACACAACCAACUAUAUAAACACAGACGCACUGUACUGUUCGGCGGUUAUGCGUAUAUUACAGUUAUAUAGUAAACUGUGUAUCUUAUGAAAGAUGAACAAAGAAAAGAAAGACCCGGUCUUCCGAUGCUCGACUACUCGUGACUAUUGAUGAUGAAUGAUACUGUAUUUUAUCGAGAAAUUGCUAAUUUUAAAAGUGUAUGUCCAUGUAUCAAAAGUGAAUGUACAGGCAAUUUUAUUACUCGAGAUAAUAAUUUAAUGUUGAUAUAUUUUGCACAAAUCAUUAUUAAUAUUAAUAAAUCAUUAAUAUUA